UCUCUCUCCAUUUGGAACUCUAAGUGGGUGGAGAGUGCCUUGUUCAACCAUCACACCUCAUCUGUAGAGCCCUGGACCUACCAACCCGUCUGUCUUGUUUUUUUGCGGCUGAGGUACAGCGAGAGGAAGCAGGAUGUCCAAUAACAUGGCAAAGAUUGCAGAUGCCCGUAAGACAGUGGAACAGCUGAAACUGGAGGUCAACAUUGAAAGAAUGAUGGUGUCCAAAGCAGCAGCUGAUCUAAUGGCCUUCUGUGAGGCUCAUGCCAAGGAGGACCCUCUGGUGACACCAGUGCCAUCCUCUGAGAACCCCUUUCGGGAGAAGAAAUUAUUCUGUGCAAUACUCUGAUCCCCACACUUAUAACCCCAAGUUUUGUGUCAUUAUUAGCACUAAUUAAUUGCCAUUUCUAAGGAAUAAAACUGAUAGUAACACAUUGACGAACACUUGAAUAUGUUGGUUUUGGUAGGCCUAGUCAGUGAGAUUAUUUUGUAUUUAAAAACCUGUAUAGUAAAUGCUUUAAAUAUUUAUCUGGAUUGAUCUGAUUGACUGAAAUAAAACAUUUAU